CGGAUUUGAACCACCCUACGUGUCAUUCCCAGAGUUUCACUCCAUCAGGAAACCUCCAGGAGACUUCUGCCGAACUGAAUCACGCUGGUUGCUGUCUCUCCAUUGAUGAGCUGUGGUCCCCCUGGUAACUGUUGCUAACGCCACAAGCAUGAAGGCUUUGAUCCUGGUUGGGGGUUACGGGACCCGGCUGCGACCGCUCACGCUGAGCGUCCCAAAACCGCUGGUGGAGUUCUGCAACAAGCCCAUCCUGCUGCACCAGGUGGAGGCACUGGUCAAGGCCGGCGUGGACCAUGUGAUUCUGGCGGUGAGCUACAUGUCAGAUCUGCUGGAGAGAGAGAUGAGGGUCCAGGAGGAGAGACUGGGGAUUCGUAUCUCUCUGUCUCAUGAGAAGGAGCCUCUGGGAACGGCGGGCCCUCUGGCGUUGGCUCGAGAGCUGCUGAACGUCGACAACGAGCCGUUCUUCGUCCUCAACUCGGACGUCAUCUGUGAUUUUCCGUUCAAAGAUCUGCUGCAGUUUCACCACAACCACGGCAAAGAGGGAACCAUCGUGGUAACGCGGGUGGAGGAGCCCUCUAAAUACGGGGUGGUGGUGUUUGAGGCGGAGAGCGGCAGAAUACAUCGCUUUGUCGAGAAACCGCAGGUCUUCGUCUCCAACAAGAUCAACGCCGGCAUAUACAUCUUCAAUCCCAGCAUGCUCAGCAGGAUCCAGCUGAGACCGACAUCCAUAGAGAAAGAGAUAUUUCCUGUCAUGGCAGAGGAGGGACAGCUGUACACUAUGGAGCUACAAGGUUUCUGGAUGGACAUCGGCCAGCCUAAAGACUUCCUGACAGGGAUGUGUAUGUACCUGCAGUCGCUGCGACAAAACGCUCCCGAGAGGCUGCGCACGGGGCCCGGUUUCCUAGGCAACGUUCUGGUGGACCCGACGGCGCAGAUUGGGGAGAACUGCACCAUCGGCCCAAACGUCACCAUCGGUGCCGGUGUGGUCGUGGAGGACGGCGUGAGGGUGAAACGCUGCACGGUGCUGAAGGGAGCGCGGGUUCGAUCGCACUCCUGGCUGGAGAGCUGCAUCGUGGGGUGGAGCUCCUCUGUGGGCCAGUGGGUCCGUAUGGAGAACGUGACGGUGCUGGGGGAGGAUGUGAUCGUGAAUGACGAGCUUUACCUGAACGGUGCCAACGUGUUGCCGCACAAAUCCAUCAACGAGUCGGUCCCAGAGCCACGAAUCAUCAUGUAGCAGCGGGCAGAGAAAAAAAAAAAAAAAAAAAAAGCCCAAAGCCUUUUUAUACGGACUGGACUAAAGAUCAAAACUGUGCCAGAAAGAGAGAGGCGACGACCAGACGGGUGGAGGAGAGAAAAAAAAGAACAAGAGAAGGUGUUUUUCUUCCUCUUUAAAAAAAAAUAAAAAAAAUCAUUUGGACUUGUUUUUAGCCCUGCGUAGCUGCACCAUCCAUCAAUCAGAAACAAUGGCGUAAGCAUGGUCUGUUAAAAAGCAGCCUGGACUGUCAGACAGGUUUAUAAUUGUAUAAACCUUUGUCAGAGUUGCAGGUAAAAACAUAAAACGGUAAUAUCCUGAAGGUGGUGGAUGGUAAAUAUCUGGUGUGAACACUGUUUUAAUAGAGAGGCGAAGCCCCGCCCCUUCCAGUUGAUCACCAUGGGACCUUAUUUCGGGAAAAACAUAUACGAAAGUCAACGACAAGAGACUUCUAACUAUUUGAUCCCUUUUAGAAUUGUGCCAUUAAUUACAUAAUUCAAUUGAUCAUUUUGCACAUCAAGAAAGUUGCAUUUUGGCGGGAAAACUGUGAAAAUACAUAAUUAGUGACGUGGAGCGUAAGUGAAGCCACUACGCCUGUGUGUUUUUAGGACCAGGAUGUAAUCACACCAAUAAACGGUCUUGCUGGUUCUUUGCUUCCUGGCUCAUAAAAAGAUUUGCUGGAUAAAACACGUCUGGUAAGAGAACAAUAAAACUUGUGAUAUACUAUGAUAAACUUUCUUGUCUUGACAAACAUUACAUGUGUAAUUAAUGGCACAUUUAGAACAGGAUCAAAACAAUAUUUGUCUCUUGCCGUUGACUACUGUACGUAUUUUUCCCAAGGGGGACACCAAAAAGAGGCGGGAUUUGUCCUCUAUAGAUCACGGGUGAGGAUGGGGGCUGACGUGGGCUGGGUGUCUGUCAGAAGGUGGAGGGAUUAAUGUGAAGUAUAUUCAGAGAGCGCAAUGAACACUGCUGUUUAGAUUCACUAUGCAUUUACAUUUCCUGUAUAGCUACGGAGAACAGGCACUGAAGAAUCACUACUCUGCUGUUGUAAAGACUGGAAUCAUGCCUGACGCUGAGAUUUUAAGUUUAAGUUAUGAGUUAACAAAUGGUUGAAGUUUUAUUGAUUGAUAGAUAAUUCUUUGGCCUCUUGGGGGCAGCAGAACAAGCUGUAAACCCAGCAACUAACGUCUUUUUUUCUCGUGAUUUAGCAAAGAUUUUACACAUCCAACAGACGCAAAGGAACUUUAUCAUUUAAUUUGAGUUGUUUUUGACCACUAAAUGAAUGUAAUUUAAUCAGUUUCUAUGAAAAGAUAUUGAUUAAUUCAGCUUUAAUCAGUUAUAGAGCAGGUGUCGAGUAUGUCUCGUUGCCUUGGUGAACUUGUUUCUGUUCUUUUUAUCAUGAGAACUGUGCACUUCAAUGACAAGCUGGUUACUGAUCUUUAAAAAGUGAACGACUCCUUUUUAAAACUAACUGCAGUUUAUUAACAGAUAUUUCAGUCAAGCAUUGGAAUAUUCUACUUCUACUAUGUUUUUCAUUUAUGUUUAAAUGUUUCUUUAAGAGUACCUUAACGACCCCUGAAUAUCUUUUUUGUUUGUUUUUUCUGACCUUCAGUGUUUUAACUUGUCACCUGGCUGCAGUGAUGCACAGGUGUACUCCGGGACACUGUGACAUCACUGAUGGGCGUGGCUACAGGUGCAACAGAAGAGAAACGAGCGAGAUACUUUUAAACUAGAAAAGAAAACAGAACUUUUUAGACAGUUUGUCAUGAGACAAAGUGACUUUAUUUUUUCUGUUUCAUUCUUGUUUUAUAUUAUAUUACAUUACUUCAAUAUCUAAUUAGAAGUUUGAUGAAUCUCAAUCUUUAAAUUGAUGAAUGCUCAUUAAUAACACACCAGGAAACUAAAUUGUUUGUGGGAUGAAAGCUGGAAAGACAACUUUGCUGCUCUUAAAACUUCAUCACAAGUGGGGCUGAAUGCUAACAUACUAAUUUUAGCAUGUGCCAUCUUCCACCACAAAAACCUGAGGAGUUCCUGGUGGCGUCACACUGACUUAAACACAAUUGGCUCUGGUUGAAAGUUCCUCCAUUCUUGACCUUAAACCGUUUUGCCACGUUGACCGUUACAAGUUGUGCUGAAGCUUUCGAUUGGGUUUAUUGAUCUUAAAGUCGAGAAUUAACUUUUAAUCCCAUUUUUCAAGCUAUUGUGAAAUCUACAACUCUAUGCCAACGGGACAAACUCUAACAGAUUGUUUCUAAAAGGUACUUUUGGUCAGAUUUCUUUGUUUACAGUUGUCUUUGUCCUUGCACUUGUUGCUGCUCUUUUGAAGCCCAUCAGCUGGUCCAGGUACCUGCACAUUUAGGGGAUUUGGACGUGAACCUCAAGGUUCCUCUUUUGUGGUCGAAGCUCAUCACUUAAAAGGUGAUUAACAUGCAAAUAUUUAGCAUGUUAGCGAACCAUUUUAGCAUUCAUCUCAAGCUGAGGCUGUUUGGAAAUUCACUCUUUACUUUUAAGAGGUCAUGAACUGAAAAUGUUUCACACGUGUUUACUUUGUCUUGUCAGUGACGCUGGAUGAAAAGUGAUUAUGAUUCAUUUUUUCUGGAUCCGUGAAAUUUUUUAACCCAUUUUCAUGGCGAUCCGUCCGAUAGUUACAGACUGAUGUCAAACAUUUUGGAUUAGGGAUAUUAAAGAACAAAGAGGGAAGAGUCUGUCGAUCUUUUAAGGCACUCAAAAUAUAGGGAAUAGAUGAAGCUUCUUGAAUUUUAUGAAUCAAUUUUUUUAAUGUUUAACAAAAAUCAAUAGACACCUGAUAGUAAAAUAAAUUGUUAAACCUCAACAGUUGAAGGUUUCUGAAACUCGUCACUGAUGGCGUCCAUGUUUUUGUCACCUCAGCAGCUCAGAUGUGUCUUUUACACUUUGACUAAUCGUUACUGACCAUGAACACAUGCAGCAGGUGAUGUCUGUCAGUGCAGACACUCAAAACUGACCUCUGAUCAGAUUGCAGUGGUUCCACGUUGUUAUGCAGUUAGUGAUAAACAGUGUUUAGAACAUGUUAAGACUUUUGACUGUGUCUGAAUGAAUGAAGUCAAUUCUUGUGAUGAAGUCUUUUUUAAUAAGAGAAUAAUAUAAUCUAAUGACCACAUUCA